GCUUUUUCUGUUUUUUUGGAGGGGACUAUUUAACAGUAUUGAAUACGAUUCCUUUGGGCCUUGUUUGGGUUCGCGUUUCGCCGCUUAGAUCUUAAAAAUAAACUCAAAUGUAAGCAAUUAGCAUUUUAUCAACAGUGUGUUGAAAAGUUGGGAAAUUUGCAUCGGCAAUCAUUUUCUCGCUGGGAGAUUAUUCCAAAAUCUUAAUGGAAAACUAUGCAAACUCUCGUCUCUAGCAUACCUUAAGAAAAGCCUUUAAAAGAAAAGUAUAAGGAUUGAUGAUUUUGGAAGGUAUACAAAACGAAUAAACCGUGUAUUUCUUGGACAAAGGACAGCUGGGCCUGACAUCUGGUAAACAUGGCUUCAUUUGUUAUCGUCUUUAUUAUAUCAGACCAAUAUGGGUAUUAGAAUCACAACGAUUUCUAUUGUAUGUAUAAUUCGCGUCAGAUAAGCUUCGACGACGGGAAGUUUGCGAUUACCACUGUACUAUCGAGUCAAAACUACGCGUAGUUUUUUUUCAGCGAAACACGAGACACUUUUCUUAAUAAGGAACAUUCCAGAUAUGUAUUCAUUUCACCGAAGCAAUCGAGAAUCUAAAAAAAAGUAUCCAAAAUAUAGUGAAAAAAUCGUAAUCAUGAAAGGAUAAUCGCCAGAGAUUUAAACUCUUGUAUAUUAGUAAAAUUUUCAAUAAGCAAAUCUAGAGUGCUUUUAGUCGAAAAUAUGGGUUGGAUUUAGAAAAAGUGCGGUUUUGCCUUACAGGCAAAGACAGCUAAAAUAUUUUACAUUACCAUGCCAGGUUCAAUUAUAUUCAUUUCCUUUUUAGCGAGCGGGACUAUUAAGCUAAGGGCGGAGUGCGAACAACCUGUCGUAUUCAAUUCUUCGUUAUAUAGUUGCAAUGUUUUGAAGUUCCUUGGCGAAUAAAAGUAGCCGCCGUGUACCAAUGACGCUUCGCAUGUGAGCACAAAAAUUCCACCUCACGCCGUGUAAUCAGCGUACGAAAAUAGAUAAAGGCCAAGUUGAGCUUUGCUUGAUUGUAAUGAGCGAGUUGACGCACAGAACGAAAAAAGUAAUGAUUGCGCAUUGACUUAAGUUCGAAUUUAAAGCUUUGACAACAAUACGUCCAAUUCGGCCGUCUCUUAGUUUCACUUUCGUGCAGUUUACCAUCAUUAGCUCGGCGAGUUUGUUUUCCCAAAAUUAAUUCUUAACCAAUGAAAAGUGAUAACUGUCGUAAUUAUCUCCCUUCCAGCAGUACUCAUUAAUAUAGAGCUUAGUUCAUUCAUCAAGCUAAUUCUACGCGUACAGAAAGGUUUGGUUUUAGCGGCCAAUGGCGCUAGAGAGAUGGCCGGCCCCUUACACGUGCAUGGCGUGUGCCAAACAAUAACCCUAUUACACUUGAAUUGGAAAUUGCACAGGAUUCGAGCUCAUUGGUUCUUUUCUUUAUUGAGGGGAGACUGUAAGUGCGUUAAUGAAUUUUAAUAAAGGGAUUAAUUGUCUCAAGCCGAUUUGUUGGUAACAAAAAUGUUACACUUGAACACACAAUUCCACGCAUGGUUACCGCUUGGAAAAAAAUCGCGUCAAGAUUAUUGGUACGAAACAUAGCUUCGAAAUACGAUAUAAAGUUAUGCAUCUGUAAUUUCUGUCAGCUCUACUGACAAUUUUCACCGGUGCUAAUCUUGUCGGUCAAUGAAAAGAUACCCGUAACUGGUGAUUGCCGAAAUUUUUGUUAUCAAUUUCCCCCCGCAGAUGUUUCAUGAAUGAGUUAUUUUUUCCCAACGAACCGGGUCAGCCGAUAGCUGGAACUUGCGACCGUGUCAACUAGGACAGGUUCAGCUGUCGUUGGGCGCAUGCGCAGUAUUAAUUUUUAAACUGCGCGUGCGCAUCUGUUUGGAAACAGGUGCAUGUGAAGUGCAAAUGUUGUUAACACAAUGAUAAUGAUUGUCUCUUUCUUUACGGGCACUCUCACUGCAUUUAAGAACAUUUUCACGCCAUGCUAGAAGGCUUCAGUUCACUGUGAAACGUCUCCGAGAUGAAUCGCGACAGUUUACUAAAUAAGACUCUUAGUCCUCCUCUGUCAUCUCGAGUGCCUAUUUCCCAUUCUAAUGGUAUUUCUUACUCUAAUUCUUCGCUUUCCGGAGGUCAGAUGAAUGAGCCAAGCUGGAUACCCUCGAUUCGUGGAUCUACUCACUCGCUGUCUUUCCCGUCAAGAUCUAACAACCUGAUUCCUCCAAGUGUGUUUGAUGGGUUUGACGACUCUCACUUACUCACUGCCUCGCAGCUCGAACCGAUGCCGAAAUAUCUCUCGACGAAGCAGAACAAACCGUCUGGAUUUACGAGCUUGCACAGCUAUCACUCCACGCACGGGCAUGAUACGAGCACGUAUGAUGCCCACGAUAUUUUGGAUCAAAUCUCGGCUUCGCUCCAACCAACAGUAAGUGAGUCAGCGUUUGAUAAACCGUUCGAAACGCCGUCUCCAGUCACCGCCACGCCUGUCCACUCUUUACACUCCGCUAUCCACUCUGCUAUUAGCGUCGCGGCCAGUAGCGACGAUGUAAUGAAUCCGCGAGAGCUAGAGUGGUUCGCAGAACGCUUUAAACAAAGAAGAAUCAAGCUUGGAGUCACUCAAGCGGACGUGGGAGCUGCGUUAGCUCAUUUGAAAAUCCCCGGCGUAGGAUCGUUAAGCCAGUCCACGAUUUGUAGAUUUGAGUCGCUUACACUAAGCCACAAUAACAUGAUGGCUUUGAAACCCGUGUUGACGGCGUGGCUAGAAGAGGCUGAAAAAGCGUACAAAUGCAAGAACACAACCAGCCAAUUCCUUCCUAAUUCGGAUAAAAAGAGAAAGCGAACAUCGAUUGGAGCUGCGGAGAAGCGUUCGCUGGAGGCCUACUUCGCGAUGAAUCCAAGACCUUCAAGCGACAAGAUAGCGUCGAUUGCAGAAAAACUAGACCUUUCAAAAAAUGUCGUGCGUGUUUGGUUCUGUAACCAGCGACAAAAGAAGAAAAGAAUGAAAUUCUCCGUUCAUUGAAAGAUGAAAUAACUUGGAGUAAAACAAAUUGAAUUUCCUUCCGAAAAUCCCGUCGGAAUCGCUCCAUGGAUCGACUUUCGUACGCGUGGAUGGCGAUACGGAGUGGUCAACAGCAAUUUUGGAGUAAAUUACAAAUGGUGAAUCUUAUUUCUAUUAUAGACUGAAAAUUUCGAGUCAAUGAACGAAGCAAGUCCUGAAUUUUAUUGCUCCUACUAUUAAGCCACUGAAGUUUAAAUAAGAAAGCCCGCCGCUACCUAAUGAACGGACGCGCUCGAAAAUGAGCGACAUAAUCCCGUUGAAAAGCGAUGCCUAUGCGAACUGUUAUGGAAGAUGUUCUGUUAUCCUCGAGAAACUUGUCGCGCACAGCUUAACAGCCCGCAGGUAAAUAAUAUUCAGUGUAUACCCUAUUAGCCUAACAACUAAAGGAAGAAAUUCCGAAGCACAAAUCACUUCCGCCGAGUAGUAAAAUUAUUCAUCGUACAUUUUGCCACAAUUUCAUCGUAGUUGCUACUACAGUUUCGAUUUUAGGGCCGAGGAUUGAUGAUAAUAAGCCCCGAAAUCAUUUUUCCUUACACCUGUUUCAUUUUGGCAAAAUCAAUUUCCCCAUUUAUGAAAAGUUGAAUGUAUUACUUGCAAUUUAUGUAAAUUUGGAGGUUCUUUGUGAAGAAAAGCCGUUAAGACGUUAUUAGUUUAGCACAGAAUCGAAGGAACUACAGAAAAUCGUUAAAAUUAGACGAAAACAAAUAUGAAAACGUCCGUCGCUUCAAACGGUUUUUCUUCAAAUAGAACCACCACACACACAUCAAUUACGCGGCCGGGCUUGGCUUUGUUCAACAGUGCAGUCCAAUGAAAGCGAUCCUUUUAAUUGCUUACAAACACUUCAGUAAAGAACUUAUACUGCUAGAUAGCAAUAAUGGCAUAGGCCGGGAAAGUAUAUGUAUUUAAAUAUAUAUUUUGAAAUUUUAUACGUUGAGGAAACUUUUAUGAAUUAGUCUUUACGAUGUAUAUUUAUUGACGCUGUACAAAUUUUACCGCUAGCACCAUAAUUUAAGUCAUUUUCUGAAACUCUAUUUCGUUUUUAAUUCGCUGGUGCUGCGAAAAUGUUGUGAAAGGUUAAGUUAUCCAAAACACCGCAUAAGAAUGAAAACCAGUUUUCUCAAUUUCCAGAUUUGUAAUGAAUUGUGCUUAAAUAGACGAGAAGUUUUAAUAAACUGAAGCUCAAGUAAAACAGUC